CGCAAUGCGAAUGCGACUGAAUUCAGGCUCACACGUAAUUGGCCACAACGGCGAACGAAGAAGAAGGCAGCAGCAUGUUGCUUUUCAACCGCAAGCCACAAGCGCCACUGCACUCUGACUUUCCGCAUGCGCCACUCACUCAUUGUGCCAUCAUUCUCAUCCCCUUCCAUUUCUCUUUCUCUCUGUCUUUUCUUCCGUUUGCCCUCGCUCGCUGCUCCCCUCUCCCCGACACAACCGCAGCCUUGUCGCCCUCCGCGGUUCCCGGUGUUCUUCGUGCGCCUGGUCGCCUGUUGUGGCCCCUGCAGCUCCAUGCCUUGACAGCCCUCCCUUCUCUCCCACGACCACUGCCGCUCUCGCUGGUGGUGGUACUGUACCUCCUCUUCGUGUUUCGAUAGCACGCCCCUCCCCCCCCCCCCUCCAUCUCCAUC